ACCUCCUACUUGGUGUUAAUGCAGAACUAUAAUGUCGUAAAUUAUGAUGAGAAAGUGGUGGAUGGAUUCUAUGAUGUUUAUGGAAUUAAUUCCAGUGGUGUGGUUCAGGGGAAGAUGCCUUUAUUAGUGGAUCUAAAAGCAGUUUCAGUUUUGGAUAAUGUUAAUUACGAAGUUAUCUUAGUAAACCGUGCAGCUGAUAUGGAACUGCGGCAGCUUGAGGAGAGAGUGUACUUCAUGUCCCGGGAAUGCCGAGCUUUGAAGAAGGUCCCGGUUACAAGUUUUUUAGUUGAGAAAAUUGCUGAGCUUGUUGCUAAUAGAAUGGGAGGUCCUGUUAAUGACGCAGAAGAAAUGUCGAAGAGGUGGACUGCAAGGAGUUAUGAGCUAAGAAUUUCGUUGAACUCUAUCAUUCUUCCUCUUGGCUGUCUUGAUAUUGGACAUUCACGACAUAGGGCCUUACUCUUUAAGGUACUUGCUGAUAGAAUCAACUUGCCAUGCAAGCUCGUUAAGGGAAGUUACUAUACUGGCACUGAUGAUGGAGCUGUUAAUUUGAUCAAAUUUGACAAUGGAAGUGAAUAUAUAAUUGAUUUAAUGGGUGCACCGGGUGCCCUGAUUCCCACCGAGGCAUCAAGUGGUCAGUUACAAAGUUAUGCAGUAGACGUGCACAGUGUUACACCACUUCCUGCUGGUGGUACUAUCAUUUCAAUUCCGGUAUUUGACACACAAACUGGGACGGAAUCAGGUUCAGUUACUGCUGCUCAUGGAACUGCCAAUACAUGGAUUUCAAGGGCUGAACCAGCUUUCUACUGCAUUGAAGCAAAGGGCGGUAGUGGAAAUAGUUCAGUUAGAACUGGAAGCACGAAGUUUGAGCAUGACUGUGGAAAUCUCCUUCCAUCAUCAGCUAGAUUAUGUGACACUUCAGCAGUUUCCCAUGAUAAUACAUCCAUGGCACAGAUAACGCAAGCUAGAGAAGCUUAUGAGCAUGUGAACUGUCCUGCAGAAAACACAGAUGUUAAACUUCGAGAUGUUUUUCCAGAGAGUCAAAUGUAUUUACAAUCAGAUUUGAUUUUAGGAGUUGUUGCUGGAAAAAAUCAAUUAUCAGAGAAUAGGGUUGUUGGUACUAGACAAAGUUCAGAAAAUAACAAUCAGUCUCUUAUAGCCUUCACCGGGAUGCAGUUCCCUUACAGCAUCACCUAUGAAACCGGCAUUUUGCAGCCCAAACAGGAGUAUACUGUUACUGCACCUGGAGACAAUGCAUUAAAUGAUACUUCAGGUGAUAAAUGCUAUAGGGAGAAGUUUGGAAAUAUUUCAGAUAACAACUGUGCAUACAAAGACAAAGAAUCAGCUAGUAAAGCAAGGGAAAUAGUUACUUGCAUUCAGUCCAAGUCUUACACGGUGCAGAAGGAGCAGCUUCCAAUGCUACGCGGGGUGGCAGAGUGGGAAAUUCCAUGGGAAGAUCUCCAUGUUGGUGAACGUAUUGGUAUUGGGUCAUUUGGCGAGGUAUACCGUGCAGAAUGGAAUGGCACAGAAGUUGCCGUGAAGAAAUUCAUGAAUCAGGAUAUUACAAGUGAUGCCCUUGCACAGUUUAAAUGUGAAAUUGAAAUUAUGUUGAGGCUGAGACAUCCUAAUGUUGUUCUCUUCAUGGGAGCUGUAACUCGCCCCCCAAAUCUCUCUAUACUGACUGAGUUCUUGCCAAGGGGAAGUUUAUAUAGGUUACUGCAUCGUCCAAAUAUCCAAAUUGAUGAGAAAAGGCGUAUGCGGAUGGCACUUGAUGUGGCCAAAGGAAUGAAUUACUUGCACACAAGCAACCCUGUCAUUGUGCAUCGAGAUUUGAAGACUCCAAAUCUUCUUGUUGAUAAAAAUUGGGUUGUUAAGGUUUGUGAUUUUGGGAUGUCUCGCAUGAAGCACCACACAUUUCUCUCUUCAAAGUCAACGGCCGGAACGGCUGAAUGGAUGGCACCAGAAGUUUUAAGGAAUGAACCAUCCAAUGAAAAAUCCGAUGUGUACAGUUUUGGUGUAAUAUUUUGGGAGUUGACAACUCUUAAAGUGCCAUGGUCAGGGAUGAACUCAAUGCAGGUCGUUGGAGCUGUUGGUUUUCAGGGUAGACGCCUUGAUAUUCCUGCAACUGUUGAUCCCAUAGUUGCAGAGAUUAUAAGCGACUGUUGGAAUCAAAAUUCUCAAGCGCGCCCUUCUUUUGGGCAGAUCAUAACUCGUCUCAAGUGUCUUCAGCGUCUUAAUGUCCAGGGAUUUGAAACUUGUACAAAUCAGCAAUAAGGUUGACAGGUUAGGUAUUGUUGUAAUAAUAACAGAAGGUUGUUGCUAGGCUCAAAGAGCCAGAGCAACUGAGAAUUGAUUGCAAAGUCUUGUAGAUGCAAAGAAGCACACAAGAAAGCCCUGGAUUGGAAGCAGUUGGUUCAUUCGAAGUGGGGACUCAACGCAACCAAUUCAGAAACAAGCAGAUAUCUCCAAAUCAAUGGCUGCACGAAGUGCAGUAGUUGAAGUUAGGUCAUAGGGAUCGUUGUAUGGGACUUGAACUAUGUAAAAGGAAAAGGAAAACAAAGAAAAGAAAAGGAAAUAAAAUCAUUUUUAGUUAGUAUUUUAGGCUGAUGAAUGUACUACCGUUGAGAUAUGUAAUGAGUUCAAAAAACGAGCAGCAGAGGAGAAGUCUCAAUUCUGUGAAGGUCGUCAAAGGAAGCAAUUGUAAACAGUCGGCCUCUGCAGGUUGUGUACCAACAGAAGAAUAAAUGGAAAUGAGGAAAAUUUCCUGCAUUACCAUCUUCCUUCUCUUUGUUGUGCUUAUAUGCUAAAGACAGUUUUGUGUAUAGUCAUACUUGUACAGUGCUAAACUUAUUUGCUAAGGGGUAGAGCCACCAAUUUGAGUAAGGAGCUUAUGCCCCUGCGGAUUCAACCCAUUGCCAAAGAGGUAUUAAAAUGCCCCAACUACUUUUGUGGGUGAACUCUUCUCUUUUGGCUGUGUUGUCAUUGUUUAAAUGGUUUUGGAACAAGCUUACUUUCUCUUACACUUCGUAGGCUGUAGCCAAAUUGAGAGCAAGUGCCUACAAAUUCAAAAUU